GAGACUACUAGUCACUCGGGUGAAUUCGAACCCAUUACCCAUAUAUAACAUUUGAAGAUAGAAAAGCAAAUUGAAAAGGGAAAGUUGGUUGAGAAGCGAAGCGACGUUAUAAGAUAUACUAACUAUAGCUACAAGUUAAUGGGUGUAACCUCAACCAAAGUUCAAAAACAAACUCUCUCACUUUGUUUCUUCAAAAGAGAACCCUACACUAUAGCUACCACUUGUCUCUUAUCUAUAUCUUCUCUUUUUCAUAUAUACUCUCUCCAACUUUGGUUAGAGAUUAUAUUGGAUCACAAAGGUUAGAGAGAAGAAGAAGAGAUCAAGAGCAAGAUUAUUAAUAUUAGAAAUUUAGAAUCAUAUUCAUAUUAGUGAUGUCAACAACAAAUAUUGUUAACCACCAUAGCUUGUUUGAUCAAGAGCAAGAUCAUGAGAUCCAUAUGCAAACCGGGUUCAAUAUUCCUUUCCCUUCCAACAUGACCUUACCUCCUUUGGGUAAUUGCCAUGAUCAAUCUUUGAAAGGUAUUAGUGCAAUAACUCCUUCUUCAUCACUUUCUCCUGAAGCUGCAAAUUUUGCUCAAACACUACUUGCAACAGCUGUUCAAAAACCGCGACAAUUCGAAGAUCUCAAUGAUCUUACUUCUUGUUUUGGAGGAGCAGGCCAACUCCUUUCCUUGAAUAGAUCAAGAGGAAAUUCAUGGGCAUGGGGAGAUCAAGUAAGUGAUUGUUUGAUGAGUAAAAGAAGUAGUGGAGGAGAUGAUCAUCAUCAUCAUCAUAAUCAUCAUAUAGGGGUUUCUUCUACCAUAAAAAUGAAGAAAAUGAAGGGAAGAAGGAAGGUGAGGGAGCCUAGGUUUUGCUUCAAGACUAUGAGUGAUGUGGAUGUGCUGGAUGAUGGUUACAAAUGGAGGAAGUACGGACAGAAAGUGGUCAAGAACACUCAGCAUCCAAGAAGCUACUACCGUUGCACACAAGAUAAUUGUCGAGUAAAGAAACGCGUCGAACGAUUGGCUGAAGAUCCAAGAAUGGUGAUAACCACAUAUGAAGGAAGACAUGCUCACUCUCCAUCAAAUGAACUUGAAGACUCACAAACUCACUCUGAACUCACUAAUUUCUUUUGGUAGUUAGCUACUACAAACCAAACAUAAUAGUAUUUACAUAUGUUUUGUUUUUUUUUUAAUCAUUGAGGUGUGUUAUGUAGAAGAGAUAUGAAAAUGGAAUAAGUGGAGAGAAAUGAGUUAAAAUAGACAAUGUAUCUAGCUAGGAAAUUAUGCAUAUGUUUUGAUUUCAUUGUCAAUUUUCACUCCUUUCUAUCCUCUCCUCUCAUUUUCAAAAUAACUUAUAUUUAAAAUUUUGGUUAGAAUAUUUUUUGAA